AUGUCCCAGACUGCACCUCGGUCAGGUUUGACUUGGCAGGUGCAAGCCAAUGGCCGCAAUUUCCACGAUUCCAUGAAGACUGUCCUAUGUUAUCACAGGAAGCGUUAUGCUGACAAUUUAGUGCGCAGCUACAAGUACACACCGUUGACGUUCCUGCCCCGUAACCUGUAUGAACAGUUCCAGCGUGCAGCAAACUUCUUCUUCCUCUUAGUUGUUGUCAUGCAGGCUAUUCCUGCUAUUGCUACUCUUUCAUGGUACAUCAUCAUGCUGCCUCUGUUGAGUGUAUUAACAAUUCGUGGGGCAAAGGACCUGCUCACAGACCUGGGCCGACAUCGCAGUGAUGCCAAGGUUAACAAAAGGCGCUGUGACAUCCUUACUACCCAAGGUUUCACAGUGGCGCAGUGGAAGGAUGUACGCGUUGGAGAUGUACUGAAAGUUUAUAGGGACCAGUUGAUACCGGCAGACCUGCUCCUUCUAUGUAGCACUGAACCCCACAGCUUAUGCUACAUCGAGACAGCUGAUAUAGAUGGAGAAACCAACCUGAAAUUUCGUCAGGCUUUGACUCUAACCCACAAUGAAUUCACAAGUGGUCCAGUAGAGGAACGUCUCCAGUGUUUUGAUGGGGUUGUUUGGUGUGAGGAGCCAAACAGUCGCCUGUAUUCUUUCAAAGGCGAGUUACACUGGCAGGGGCAAUGUUAUCCACUGGACAAUGGUCACGUACUGCUCAGAGGAACAGUGCUGCGCAACACUGACAUUGUAUAUGGCCUUACAAUUUACACAGGUUCUGACAGUAAAAUUCUCAGGAACGGUGGGAGUCAUAAAAUCAAGAAGACACAGGUGGAGAGGUUACUUAACAAAGUGGUCGGGAUGAUUGUCCUCUCCGUGCUGACUGUAGCUCUCCUCCUGGCUGUGGGAUCUGGAGUCUUUGAGCACAUGGUUUCCCCAAAUAUUGAAGUUCUCUCCAUCAUAAAUGCCCGUUUCAGUGCUGCUUAUUGGGGCUUCCUGACCUUCUGGAGUUAUAUCAUAGUGCUCAGCCCUGCAAUGCCCCUCUCCCUUUACAUCACGUUUGAGCUGAUCCAUGUGGUGCUAAGCUUCCUGAUUGGUUGGGACAUUUUAAUGUACUGGGAGCAGAACAACACCCCGGCGCAGGCCCAAAAUACGACUUUGACUGAGGAACUGGGUCAAGUGGGUCACCUGCUCACUGAUAAGACGGGUACUCUGACACAGAACCACCUCCUGUUUCGGCAGUGCUGCAUUGCUGGCCAGAUUUAUGGAGAUUUGGCAGAAAAUCCAAAGCCAAUGGACCUGAGCUGGAACUGCUUUUCAUGUGGUGGCCUGCCGUUCUCUGAUCAGCGGCUGGUAGAUCGCUUGCGGGGAAAGAGCUGCCCUGAGAGCAAAGAAUUCUUCAUUGCCCUGGCACUGUGUCACACUGUCAUGACUGAGUGGCGUGAGGGGUUUCCUCAUUACCAGGCAGCGUCUCCAGAUGAGCAGGCUCUGGUGUGUGCAGCUCGAGAGCUGGGCUGGGUGUUCCUGUCUCGCACACGCGAAUCCCUCACGGUGAGCGAGCUGGGAAUCACACGUCAGUACCACCUGCUGGCCCUCCUGGAAUUCACCAGCAAGAGGAGGCGCAUGUCAGUGCUGGUGAGAACACCAGAGGGAGCAAUAAAACUCUACUGCAAAGGUGCGGAUGCUGUGAUUCUAGAGCGUUUGCAAAAAGCCAAUCUGCAUGAAGAUAGCACGAAGCAGGCGCUUGAGGUCUUCGCUCAGAGCUGUCUGCGGACGUUCUGCGUGGCUGUACGUCCUGUAGGUGAGGCUCAGUGGGGCAAGUGGAGCCAUGCGCUCCAAGAGGUUGCCAUGGCAACCACUUGCCAAGAGGCUAUGCUGGAGGAGCUGCAUGACCAAAUGGAAAGAGAUCUGAUGAUCCUGGGGGUGGCAGCCAUUGAGGACCGUCUACAAGAAGGUGUCCCAGAGACCAUUGUCAGCCUCCGACGGGCCGGGAUAAAAGUCUGGGUGCUGACUGGAGAUAAGACCGAAACAGCAGUGAAUGUGGGUUAUGCCUGCAAGUUGAUGGAUCCGGAUACAAAGCUGUUUAAAGGCGUGGAGCUCAGGUCAGGUGUAUGGGAAGAACUGAUCAAGACACCUGAGUUGGGGUCCAGGUUUGUGAAAUUGUGCAACCAGUGCCAGUCAGUGCUGUGUUGCCGUGUGACUCCAGGGCAGAAGGCGGAAAUAGUAGAACUGGUGAAAAAGUUUGCUUCCUCCAUCACAAUGGCAAUAGGAGAUGGUGCCAAUGAUGUAAAUAUGAUUAAGAUGGCACAUAUAGGUGUUGGUAUACGUGGUGUAGAGGAUGGUCAGGCUGUACAGAAUGCAGACUUUGCACUGGCACAGUUUCGGUUCUUGCACAGAUUGCUGCUGGUCCAUGGCCACUGGUCUUACCACCGCAUCUGCAACUUUCUUAUUUACUUCCUGUAUAAAACCACUUCCUUCGCUCUGGUCAACAUCUGGUUCAGCUUUUAUAAUGGCUUCAGUGCCCAGCUUAUGUAUGAGAGCUGGUUUAUUUCCUUCUACUCUGUUUUCUACACAUCCUUCCCUGUGCAGUGCUUGGGGAUAUUUGACAAGAACAUGAGUGCUGAGAGCUGCCUUCGCUGGCCGGAGUUCUACAUGAUUGGACAGAGACGGGAGCUUUUCAACCCUCUCACCAUAUGUGCGGGUUUGUUCUACGCCGUCUACACCUCCAUCGUCCUCUUCUUCUUGCCCUUUGGGGUAUUUCAGGACACAGACCUGGACUAUCAGACUUUGGCUGUUACUUUGGAAAUGUCAAUUGUUUUCACAGUUACUACUGAGAUCAUUCUAAACACUAAAUGCUGGACCAAGUACAAUUUUGCUGCUGUGCUUGUCAGUCUGGUUUUGUUUUUCCUGUCCACUAUUAUCCUUCAUAGCCCUCGUCUGUUCACAUUGUCCCCCAAGGACUACGCUUUCUUUGGAGCUUCAUUAAAUGCCUUUACCAAUCCUGUUGUGUGGUUGACAUCGGUUCUAACCUGUUGCACUGCUGUC